AUGGCAACGCAGUCCUUCCGUCGUCGAAGUAAAGAAGAGAGACCACAACUAGAUGAUGGCUGUGAAGCUAAACAGCAGCCUGAAACUCGGGCAUCCCCAAACUUUGGAGCAGGUGUGUUAGCAACAGGACUCCUCAUAGCUGUGGCUGCAGGAUGCUACUCUCUGGUUUCCCUCAGGUGGACAGAGAGGGUGAAGAUGGAGCAGGUGGACCUGAGAAAGAACGGGUUCACUAUCCAAAGCCAGAGUGGAGAGGUUGUCUUCAGGCUUGAAUUUCAGUCCAGUGCUCUUGACUUGGGGUCCUGCUCUAAAGAGGGGGAUGUUUUAACCUGCUCCGAGUCAGAGAGAGGGAAACUUCGCUUCUCAAUUCAAAUGGUCAGAACUGAGGAUGUAGUGACGUGCUACGAUAUCCAAUGGGGAGAGUUGACCGCCAAUGCCGUGGUGGAACACAAACUGCUCUGGGGGGAUGCCCAUUGGUACGGGGGUUGUGAGAUGAACACGCAGCACUGGCCAAUCAGGCUCCCAGGAUACCAAGAACCUAUGCCGUUCGUGACUAGCGAUGUAUAUUCUUUCAAGAACAGCUUUGGAGGGAUCUUGGAGCGAUACUGGGUCUCCUCCAAAGCGGCAGCCGUCAGGAUUAAUGACUCGGUGCCCUUUCACCUGGGGUUCAAUGCUGUGGAAAGGUCUCUCUUCUUCCGGGCCAGGUAUAAGGAUUCCCCCUACAAGACACGGCUGGGACAGCCGCCGUUCCCAGAGCUGAGUUAUCACGUCUGUGUUGGUUCCGACAUUACCUCUGUCCACAGGCACAUGGUUCAGAAGUAUUUCAGGAAACCUUUGAAGAUCCCCUCAGAAAAUAUCUUCAGAUUUCCAAUCUGGUCCACAUGGGCUUUGUACAAAAAAGAGAUCAGCCAGGAAAGACUUCUGCAAUUUGCGCAGACAAUUCGAAAGUAUGGUUUUAAACAUAGCCUCAUCGAAGUAGAUGAUAUGUACAUGCAGAAUUACGGGGACUUCGACUUUGACCCAUUCAAGUUCCCUAAUGCGUUAGAAAUGUUCAAAAACCUAAAGAAAGAUGGAUUCAGCUUCAGUUUGUGGAUACAUCCCUUCAUACAUGUGAAUUCUCCAAACUUUGAGGUGGGGAAAGCGGGGCAGCUUUUUGUGACAGAGCCAGCAGGACAGUUUCCUGCCAUGGUGGAGUGGUGGAAUGGAGUGGGCGCCAUUUUGGAUUUCACCAACCCUUCCGCCAGGAAAUGGUUUCAGACCCAGCUGAGGCAGCUCCGCUCAAAGUACGGUGUCUUGUCCUUCAAAUUUGAUGCUGGGGAGACAAGUUACCUCCCUGAGGAGUUUAGCACCUUCCAGCCCUUGCUGGAUCCCAGCGUCUGGUCCCGACAUUACGCAGAAAUGGCUAUUCCUUUUUAUGAGUUCGCCGAAGUCCGCGUUGGUUACCAGUCCCAGCAUGUCUCUUGUUUGGUUCGUAUCAUCGACCGGGAUUCGAUCUGGGGUCAUGAGCUUGGCCUCAGGUCUUUAAUUCCUACUGUGUUGACCGCCGGCCUUUUGGGGUACCCUUUCAUCCUGCCAGAUAUGAUUGGUGGAAACUUUCUUCCCAACAAGACAGAAGGUGCCGUAGACUUGCCAGUCCGGGAACUUUACGUCCGUUGGCUGGAGCUGACAGCCUUCAUGCCUUCCGUGCAGUUCUCCAUCCCACCUUGGCUAUAUGACAGGGAAGUCAUUGAAAUCGCGCACAAAUUUUUGGAGCUCCGGGAAUCCCUAGUUGCCCCUCUCUUGCUGGAGCUGGCCAAGGAGAUUGCUGCUACGGGGGACCCUCUUAUAAGGCCCCUUUGGUGGGCUUCUCCUGGGGAUGAGUUGGCCCACCAAAUCGAUUCCCAGUUCCUCAUCGGGGAUGUGUUGAUGGUGGCACCUGUCUUGGAGUCGGGCAUGUUAAAGAGAGACAUCUACCUCCCCGCAGGUAAAUGGAAGAGUUACAAAGGAGAACUCUUCACAAAGACUCCCGUCCUACUUACGGACUACUUGGUCAACUUGGAUGAAGUUGCUUAUUUUUUCUUGGUUUCUUGAGCUACUUUGGGGCCAGGUAAAGGAUUCAGUGAC